UACUUCCAGUUCAGUGGCAAUUUUUGUAAUUUUGACAAUUAUCUUUAUCUUUCAUUUUAUUUGGAAUCUAUACAUAAAUUUGUUUAAAAGCUCUCUGAAGGAGAACCCCUUAAAGAUAAUUCUUCCAUGUAUGAAGGAUUUCAAUUGCCCAAGAUAUGGAUGUUCGUUACAUGUUAACUGUGGUGGAAAUGAUUUGACUAUGAAAGAAAAUGAUAAAAAGGUUUUGUACGAAGGAGAUGCACAAGUCGACGGUGGCGCGGCAAAAUAUUUUAAUAGUAUAAAUAGUUAUUGGGGUUUCAGUAGCACUGGGGACUUCAUGGAUGAUAAUGAUUACCAGAAUGCACGUUUUACUGAAGUUGUUCCAUCAACAAACAUCUCUGAAUUAUAUAGUACGGCACACAUUUCGCCUCUUUCACUUACUUACUUCCGUCACUGCUUAGAAAAUGGGAAUUACACCGUUAGUCUGCACUUUGCUGAAACACUUUUUACAAAUGACAAUACAUAUAGCAGUCUUGGGAAGCAAAUAUUUGAUAUUUAUAUUCAGUUAGGAAGGAUUUCAAUAUUGAAGGUGUGGCUGGUGGGGCUCUAAAGCCAGUGAUAGAACAAUUCAAUACCAGCGUGACAGAUAAUAUUUUGGAAAUCCGAUUUUUUUGGGCUGGCAAAGGGACUACACAUAUUCCUAGGAGAGGUGUUUAUGGCCCCAUAAUAUCAGCUAUUUCGCUUAAUCCUAGUAAGUAAUUUGUAUAGCUUUCUUUCCUUCUUUUUGCUUAUAUUCUGCUUAUAUAAUCUGUGUGUACAUAUAUAAUUCAAAGUAAGCUUUCCCAAGACAAGUUAUUUUGAGGCCCAAAGGUACUAUUGUUUUUAUGGAACUAAGUUGCCAACCUCUUUGUGCCACACCAAAAAUUAAAGGCCAUAGUGCAUUAUAAAGCCAGUAUAGAUAUUCUGUCUCUAAUCAGUGUUUGUCAUCUGAGAGUCUCUUGAAUAGUUGUAGCAUUUUAUUUUUGGAUAUUGAAAUUCCUGGAACUAAUUUGAUGCACCAUUAGGCUUAAUUACUCACAUGGAUGGUGUUGAAGGGAUUUCCAGUUUUUACCAAAAAAAGAAAGAAAGAAAGAAAGAAAGAAAGAAGGGAUUGCCAGUUUUGUCCAAACAUUGGUGUAAAUACACCAUGCGAUGUUCCAAACCUAUGCAAACACAGUCUUGACAACCUGUGAUUGCGCAUGUCCUUCGUGGAUUUAAUUUUAAUUUUUGAUGAGAUCUUCUUUUUUUUUACUGUUGUUGGAACUAGCAGCACAUCCUGGGCUGGUGCACUAAAGACCAUCUCAUUCAUCAUGACCUUGCAAUAUUGUUUAAUUGGAUUUCAUAAGAUCAUUGAUCUAGACCAUGAAUGGACUAGAAGUCAACUAUCAUUUGGAUCCAUAUCAUUUGGUUGCUUAAUAUUUUUUAUUCAUCACCCUCAUAGUAAGUACGUGAACCAAAUAAAAUCAAGUUACAAUUCUCAAGCUCUCCAUUUUCCAUCUUUGUUUGCAGUUUGUUUUAUUAUUAUUAUUUUUAUCGUAAGUCUUAGUUGGUUUUCAAUUUUUUAUUUAAUAUUUUAUUUAUUUAUUUAUGAGUCUUAUUUGGUUUUUAGAUACGUUUAAAGGGUCAAACUCUUAGUUUCCAAACAAGAAGUUAAACUUGAGUUCAAAAUUCUUGAAGCAAUUUUAAAACCUAGGUUUAUUUAUCGAAAACAGAUAUCUAAUCCUAGGUGUGAUGCCUACGAAAAUCUAGGUGGAAUGCCUCGUUUUAUGAGCGAUUCCUUUCUUCUUCUUUAUCUAUCUUGCUAUUUUAAUCCUUUUAAUCCACUACAAGAAUUUACACAAUUGCCGACCACUUUAAUUUGUCAUACUCUUCUUUAUCUAUCUUGCUAGUUGGCUGCUGUCUUCAUCAGCAGCAGAUUGGUGCAUUGUGCUCUGUUGCUGUGUAACACUGUGGCAGCAGUGUGGGUCUGCCCCUCUUUAUUUCUUCUUUUUUAUUCUUUCUUUUCCUUUGGUGGUCUGCAUGAUCUGUCUGGCUUCAUAAAGAUCAUCCUAAUCUGUCUGGAUGGGCAGCAGAUGGAUCUCUCUGGCUUCAGUGUGUGCUCCAGCUCUGUCUGGCUUUUUCCUGAUCUGUCAAUCAUCCUGAUCUGU